AUGUCAAAUCUUGCAAAACGUCCACCCGAAGAUGAUUCAAAACUUCCAUAUUAUAAAUUGGUUGUGAUUGGUGAUGGUGGAGUUGGAAAAUCAUCUCUUACUAUUCAAUUUUUCCAAGUAAGUUACUCACGUUUUGGAGAACAAAAUAAUUUUUUCAAAUAAUUUUAGAAGCAAUUUAUUGAUUAUUACGAUCCAACAAUUGAAGAUCAAUAUAUUCAACAUUGCGAAGUUGAUGGAAAUUGGGUUAUUAUGGAUGGUAAGUUACUAGCUUUAGAAUUUUGAAACUGUAAAUUUGUAUUAGUUCUCGAUACGGCUGGACAAGAAGAAUUUUCUGCUAUGAGAGAGCAAUAUAUUCGAGGUGGAAGAGGAUUUCUGUUAGUUUAUUCGGUGACUGAAAGAAAAUCAUUUGAAGAAGCGCAUAAACUCUACCAACAAGUUUUGAGAGUCAAAGAUCGAAAUGAAUAUCCCGUGUUGUUAGUGGCAAAUAAAGUUAGUAUUAUUUUUAUGAAAUAACAAAGUUUUCCCAACCAAAAACCUUUUCAGAUCGAUCUCAUUAAUCAAAGAGUUGUAUCAGAAGAAGAAGGUCGAGAACUUGCUGCACAACUGAAAUUAAUGUAUAUUGAAACUUCGGCAAAAGAUCCACCAAUAAAUGUUGAUUGUGCUUUCCACGAACUUGUUCGAAUUGUCAGAAGUUUUCCGAGUGACGAAGGAGAUAUUGAACAAUCUCCAACAUCAAUACCAAGAUCAAAGAAAAAGAAGGACAAACAAAAAUGUAACAUUUCAUAA